CCGACAUGGUCUAUGUAAUGGGUAAUGUUAUGAGUAAUGCAUAUUUUUCCGAAGUGAUGCGUGAUAUCACAGUACCCUGUCGCGUGAUAUCACCUUUGUAAUAUUACUCACAUUACUUACACAUGUCUAGGAAAUAAUAAUAAUAACACACACGUGGUGUAUAUUUGGAGUUUUAUUAAUGUUUAAUCAAGAAUAUUAGUAAAAUUCAAUAAAAUGUCGUCGUGGAGGAAGGCCGCGAAGGCCAAUCAAAAGACUCAUAAGGAGAGACAUCAACCUGAGUCGAGGAAACACUUGGGGCUCCUGGAAAAGAAGAAAGACUACAAAAAACGUGCAGAAGAUUACCAUGAGAAGGGCGAGACACUUAAGUUGCUGCGUAAGAGAACGCUGGACAAAAAUCCUGAUGAAUUUUACUUUCAUAUGAUCAAUUCUCGAGUGAAAGAUGGGGUGCAUCAUGAAGUGGAAAAAGAAGAUGAGCAUUCUCCUGAUCAGAUCAAGCUGAUGCAAACUCAGGACAUCAAAUAUAUAAAUAUGAAAAGGACUAUUGAAAGUAGGCGAAUUAACAGGCUUCAGUCCGAAUUGCACAUGACAAAUAUAGGAGACUCUACACCAAACACACACAACUUCUUCGUAGAUGAGGGUGAGGAGAAACAGUUUGACCUGGUGAAGAGGCUGGACACGCAUCUUUCACUGUUGGGUAGGAAGUCCAACAGGCCCAGGAUGUCGGAUCUUAAGAAGAUCAACCUGCCCGAGGUUGAUGAUGAGGUUCUAGAAACUAUUAAGAAAAAGAAAAACAAAACCUACAAGGAGAUAGCUACAAGGAUAGACAGAGAAAAAGAACUGACAGUUAUCCAACAGAAAAUGGAAAUAAAGCGCCACCUACAAGACAGAUCUGCCAAAAUCAUGAAGCCCAAAAGAGUACAAAGGGGAACCAAGAUUUCUGCGCCAGUGUACAAGUUUCAAUUUAUUAGGAAGAAAUAA